AUGCAGCCGGAUAUGUGCAGUUUGCUAAUAUCUACGCUUCGAGGAGUCGUUGGGAAGACGUUGCUAGGGUUCGCAAGAGAAUCAAGGAGAGCAAUGUCGUCAAGAUCAAGUGAUCGGAUUCACCCUGAGCUAGACUCAAUACACAAGAAACUCAAGGAGUUGGAGAAGAAAAUGAAACUUGCUGGAUACAAACCGGAGCUAGAGUUUGCUUUACACCAUGUAGAAGAAGAGCAGAAAAAGAAGCUAUUGUUAUGGCACAGCGAGAAGUUAGCUGUUGCUUUUGGGUGCUUAAAACUCCCUCAAGGUUCACCGAUACAAGUGUUCAAGAACCUGAGAAUCUGCGGUGAUUGUCAUAAAGCAAUCAAAUAUAUCUCCGAGAUUGAGAGACGAGAGAUCUUAGUGAGAGACACCACAAGGUUUCACCAUUUUUCAAGCUUUGACUCUUCUCUAUUGGUCAAACCUGACGUGACGACAGUAUUUAUAUGCGUUAUUGUGGUGAAAAAAGUUUCGGCCUUUGACUUGACAAGUUACGUUAAGGAGAGAGAGAUGCGUAGAUCGGCGAGUGGCUCAAGAGUUUCCGAUCAGUUUCCGGCGAUUCUUUCAACGUCGUCACCGUCUCCGCCACGAUCUCAGAGCGUUACAGAUAUGGGAGAUGAUACGGAGCUGCUUUUGCCAAGUUACGAUCCGAAUUCUCAACCGGGGAAAAGAGAGAAAUCGCGUGUCAGAUCUGCGGAGAACGUCAUCCAUUUCAUUCCUCUCAUUCUUCUUCUCUGCGUUGUAAUCCUCUGGCUCUUCUCUUAUUCAGUAUUGAGUUGA